UCCAAAAUUAUGUCCAUCGUUAACAGUCCUAAUUAGAAUGCGAACAGCGACCACCAAAAUAUUUUUGGUAAUGCAAACAACGUUAAGCAUUAGGCAAGCGCAUGAGAAGUGGAGAACCUUCACUGCAAUAACCCCCCACGCGCUUCCGUGGAACACAGGGAUUCAUUCACACGCCACCCUUAUUGAACCGCCUCAAACUUUGAAUGCGUUCAAAACCAUAACAAAUCCCCUGACCAGGUGCUUCUCCUCUCAAUUUCACCCAAUCCAAGAAACACACGUUCUUCUUCUUCUUCAAUGGCUUUUUCUAAUGCCGACUAUGGUUCUAACUCAUACGCUCCUUCUGCCCCAUCCCUGCCCGACUCCCCUGAGCACCAAGAACAAGAAUAUUACAGCACCACCUUUUCAAAUGAUCCUCCUCCUCCUGCGGCCAGAAAUUACUACUACGGGAACAGCAAGCCUUUCUCACAAUACGGCCGUAGUUACGCCCGUAGUUACGGCCAUAGUUACGCCCGUAGAUACGAGGGCCCGUCUCCUUCUUCAUAUGGGGAAUCGGGAGGGGAUUUUCCACCCGGAACCGACCCGGCUGUGAUUAGCAGCUUUCAGAUGGUGGACAAGGACAGGAGUGGCUUCAUUGAUGACAAUGAAUUGCAACUAGCUCUUUCUUCUGGCUACCAUAAGUUUAGCCUCAGGACCAUUCGCUUGCUAAUGUUUCUCUUCAAAAAUCCCGACAAUGAUUAUAUUCUAAAACUCGGUCCUAAGGAAUUUGCUGCACUCUGGAGUUGUCUUGGUGAAUGGCGAACCAUGUUUCAAAAAUAUGACACAGAUAGGAGUGGGAAGAUUGAUGUGCUGGAGUUGAGAGAUGCACUGUAUGGUCUAGGGCUUGCAGUCCCUCCUACUGUUCUUCAAGUUUUGACUUCCAGGUACGAAGAUGGAAGUGGGCGUCGGGCUGAACUCGAUUUUGACAGUUUUGUCGAAUGUGGGAUGAUUGUAAAGGGCUUGACUGAGAAGUUCAAAGAGAAGGAUCCGCGAUAUACUGGUUCAGCAACGUUCAGUUACAACGCAUUUAUGUCUAUGGUCAUCCCAUUUCUUGUGUCAUAUAAUUGACUUUCCUCUUACUGCUUUAGAUGUAGUGUUCAAAAGGUUGUACAUCACAUUCUUUUAAUUUUUGAAGAGCUGGCAUUUUAUAUUUGUUUGCAACAAACUUGUAUAUAUAUCUGAGUAAGAAGAGGGGAUGUUUCUGUGAAUGAA